CCGACUAUAUUUUGUCACUGCAGCAACAGUCAAUUCAGACACCAUUCAUUUCCACUGAGCAGGGGUGCCCUGGAAUUUGUUCGUCUCCCCACCUUUUCCGAGUGUUAGUGGCCUGCACGGUGGCAGAAUUGAAGUUGCAGGAGGCAGCACGGAACCAUCGUUUUCCAGAAAAUUAUUGGGAGCAGAAGCUGAGAAGCGGCAGCGGGGCUCCACGGCCGAUUCCCCUCUCGUUUAAAGAAGGCGAACGAAGCGGCUCCAUCGAUCGUGUGAAGCCCUCCCCAGCUCCGUCCGGCCCGCUUCCAGAGGCGCCACCAAUCCUCCUCGUGCUUGCCGAUGUCCGGGCGGUAGAGGAAAGCGGCACCGGUGCUCCGGCCAUGGCCUCUCGCCCCCUCCGCCCAUGACCCCAUGCUAUUCUUCUACUCCUACCAACGCCCCAGCCACAUGCGUCUUCGUCCUUCCUCUCCCAACUUGAUCAUCCCCACGUCGCCAAUGCUCGCGUGCCACGACCAGCGCACGGGGGCUAGCAUGAGCUACUAGAUAGAGCUGACUGCUAUUCUGAGCUCGCACAGGUAGAGCUAGCUACCAAGGUUUAGUCCAGCCAUAGCUCUAGCGGAGAUCAGACUUUGGUGAGCUAGGACGACUAGGAGGUUGUUAGUUUGGGCGGGUGCGAGUGGUGCCUGAGUUCUUGGCUUGGCAUUGCGGCGGCCGCCGGCGGGCCGGGACCGGGGAGAUAGGGAGAUUUCUUGUCGUCCAUGGUGACGGCGAAGGAGGCCGCGGCGGCCAUGGACCCGAGCAAGUACGUGCGGUACACUCCGGAGCAGGUGGAGGCGCUGGAGCGGCUCUACUACGAGUGCCCCAAGCCGAGCUCGCUGCGCCGCCAGCAGCUCGUCCGCGACUGCCCCGUCCUCGCCAACGUCGACCCCAAGCAGAUCAAAGUCUGGUUCCAGAACCGCAGGUGCCGGGAGAAGCAGCGGAAGGAGUCGUCACGGUUGCAGGCGCUGAACCGGAAGCUGACGGCCAUGAACAAGCUGCUCAUGGAGGAGAACGACCGCCUGCAGAAGCAGGUCUCGCAGCUCGUCUACGAGAACGGCUACUACCGCCAGCAGACGCAGAGCGCGGGGCUGACGACGACGGACACGAGCUGCGAGUCAGUAGUCACCAGCGGCCAGCAGAACGUGGCGGCGGCGCAACCGCAGGCUCAGCCGCGCGACGCGAGCCCUGCUGGGUUGAUGUCCAUAGCGGAGGAGACAUUGACGGAGUUUCUGUCCAAGGCCACCGGGACCGCCGUCGAGUGGGUCCAGAUGCCUGGGAUGAAGCCUGGUCCGGAUUCCAUUGGAAUCAUUGCCAUCUCGCAUGGCUGUGCGGGUGUCGCUGCGCGAGCUUGCGGCCUCGUGGGCAUGGAGCCUGCGAAAGUUGCUGAAAUCCUCAAGGAUCGGCCGUUGUGGCUACGCGAUUGCCGUUCCAUGGAAGUGGUGAAUGUUCUGCCUGCCGGUAACAAUGGCACAAUUGAGCUUCUCUACAUGCAGCUCUAUGCUCCCACGACACUGGCACCAGCGCGUGACUUCUGGCUGCUGCGGUACACUUCCAUUCUUGAUGAUGGAAGUUUAGUGGUGUGUGAAAGGUCACUCAGUAGCAAGCAAGGUGGCCCAAGCAUGCCUCUUGUCCAGCCUUUUAUCAGGGGUGAGAUGCUUCCUAGUGGGUUCUUGAUCCGGCCUAGCGAUGGUGGAGGCAGUAUCAUACACAUAGUUGAUCAUAUGGACUUAGAGCCUUGGAGCGUGCCUGAAGUUGUGCGCCCACUUUACGAAUCCUCUCCAAUGGUUGCCCAGAAGACGUCUAUGGCGGCUUUGCGCUAUCUGAGGCAGGUUGCACAUGAAGAUACCCAUUCUGUAAUAACUGGAUGGGGACGGCAGCCUGCUGCUUUACGGGCUCUGAGCCAAAAGCUCACCAGAGGUUUCAAUGAAGCUCUCAAUGGGCUUGCUGAUGAUGGAUGGUCUGUGAUUGAAAGCGAUGGUGUUGAUGAUGUUUGUAUCUCAGUUAACUCAUCCCCGAGUAGAGUUAUCAACUGCAAUGCAGCUUUCAAUAAUGGACUGCCCAUAGUCAGUAGCAGUGUUCUCUGUGCAAAGGCAUCUAUGCUGCUGCAGGAUGUUUCUCCGCCAGCGCUCCUACGGUUUAUGAGGGAACAGCGGUCACAAUGGGCUGACAGUAAUUUAGAUGCAUUCUUUGCUUCUGCAAUGAAACCUAAUUUCUGCAAUUUGCCUAUGUCUCGCCUUGGAGGAUUCAGUGGUCAGGUCAUACUUCCUUUAGCCCACACAUUUGACCCUGAAGAAUUCCUCGAAGUCAUCAAAUUAGGAAAUGCCAGUACUUACCAAGAUACACUCAUGCAUCGUGAUCUGUUUCUGUUGCAGAUGUACAACGGUGUAGAUGAGAACACCGUAGGCACAUGUUCAGAGCUCAUCUUUGCACCUAUAGAUGCAUCAUUCAGCGACGACUCCCCUCUCCUGCCUUCUGGUUUCCGCAUCAUUCCCAUCGACUCUCCUCUUGACACACCUAGCCCCAAGUGCACGUUGGACCUGGCCUCCACCCUCGAGGUUGGCACGCCUCGGAGAAGGAUACAUGGUGCUGGUGGUUCCGGAAACGCUGCUUGCGCCGGCUCCAAGGCUGUCAUGACGAUCGCGUUCCAGUUUGCGUUCGAGAGCCACCUGCAGGACAGCGUCGUGGCCAUGGCGAGGCAGUACAUGCGCAGCAUCAUCGCGUCGGUUCAGAGGAUCGCGCUGGCACUCUCAUCGUCGCGCCUUGUUCCUCAGGCCGGCGGCAUCAGCCACGCUCCUGCCGCCGCCGCCGCCGCUACUCCGGAGGCAGCAACGCUCUCCAGAUGGAUCUGCCAGAGUUACAGGUUUCAUUUUGGGGCCGAGCUCAUCAAAUCUGCUGAUGCCAGUGGCUGUGAAGCAGGGCUGAAAGCCCUGUGGCAUCAUGCCAGUGCUAUACUCUGCUGCUCUUUAAAGGCCAUGCCGGUGUUCACGUUCGCGAACCAGUCCGGGCUGGACAUGCUGGAGACGACGCUGGUGGCGCUCCAGGACAUCACCCUGGAGAAGGUGUUCGACGAGCAGGGGAGGAAGAACCUGUGCGCGGAGCUCCCCGGCGUCAUGGAGCAGGGGUUCGCGUGCAUCCCCGGCGGGCUGUGCGUGUCGGGCCUCGGCCGGCCGGUGUCGUACGAGAAGGCGCUGGCGUGGAAGGUGCUCGACGACGACAGCGGCGCGCACUGCAUCUGCUUCAUGUUCGUCAACUGGUCCUUCGUCGCAUCGAUGUAGGCCGCGCGCGUUAGAUUCACACAUUGUGGGGGUGUAAAAUGGUUUUGGUUUCAGAAGAAAAUGUAAAAUGGCUGAAGAAUCUAAACUGCGAUGUACUGUAUUUUGCACGAAUGGAGACGGAUUUUGUUCAAUGCAGUUACCAAUUUGUUUC